AUGGGCGGGAGAAAGGGCAAAGCGCCCCGGCGGCCCGAGAGGCCCGAGAGGCGGGCCGCGGGGGAGCAGGAGUCCGGGUCUGCCAGCGCAGACGGCGCGCCCAGCGAGGAGCGCCGACCCGGCCGCAGUAAGACCCGAGGACCCAGACCGGCCUUGGAGCCUGCCUCUGCGGGAGGCCAGGGGACCCCUGGUGGCCGCAGGAAGCCCUCCGCCGAGGGUAACAGCGGCUGCAGGCGGCCAGGCGCUGGAUCUCCACCAGCCGCCCAGGGAAGGCAAGGCAGCGCGAGGCGGCGGGGACGCGGGCUCCAGGACAGCCGUGGGGGGCGCCUGGAGGGCAGUGUCCCCCGAGGAGGAGAGGGGAGAGCAGGCGAGCACGGCCACCGCAGGAGGAAAGGAAAAGGGCGGGCACCCUCGGCUCGGCGGGGCCGCCGAAAGCCUCGGAGCCUCGACGGGCACACGUCUGGCCGGGACGGGGACAGCUCCUGCCUGGACAGCGAAGCCCCAGAGGCCCAGGAGAGCAGCAGCCAGAGCGGCGGGGCUCCCGAGCUGCAGCCCAAGUCAGAGCAAACGGACACGGGCUCGGGAGGCGGCACCCAGAGCGGGUCGGAGUCGGCCCGGGAGCAGGGCGAACAUCCGAGCACCGACGAACCCCAGAGCCAGGAAGGGUCGUUGGGGACGGGACCCCAGAAAGAGACGGAGGAUCCCGGGACAGACACGGACUGGAGUCCGGAGGGGGAGGGGGCCGGGCCUGGACGGGGCGCACAGGCAGCCCCAGGAUCAGUGAGCCAGGCCACGGAGGCCAAGGACUCUGAGCCGGGCAGAAAAGCCGGGCCCUCCGGCCCCCUCGAGGGCAGCCCCGCGGGCGUCCCACAGAGCCCCCGGGCUUCGCUGGACCCAAGGCCGACCCGGGACACAAGUGACAAGAGGGCGCAGCCGGGGGCGGAGCAGCGGGGCGCAGAGUCCCGAGGAGCCGAGGCCUCGACAGCCAGGGCUCCGCACCGCCAUGUCGGAAAGGUGCUGGGGAAGGUGCACGCGGCGGCGGCGGCCAGCGAGAACGCGGCAGGGGGCGCAGGGGGAGCCGCGCCCGGGGACCCAGCGCCGCUGGCCGCCCUCGUGACGCUCCAUCGGCUCCGCGCGAGGCCGACACCAGGCCCUGCUCCCCAGGCCGCGGGUCCGCGUCGUGCCGGCCUCAAGGAGAGGCUCCUGCGUGUGGCACGGGCCCUGGGCUUCCUGCAGUGGCUGUGGCGUCGGCUCCGGCUGCGCGCGAGCGAGGGGCAGGAGGCGGGCCCGGUGGCGGGGUCGCGGGCGGGCGAGGGGCGGGGUCGCGGGCCGGCGUUGCGGCGCCGUCUGGGGCUGCGCCUGGCGGGCGUGGUGGGGCUGGGGGUGCGGCCGAGGGCUCCCCCUGGCGGCAGUCCGCUCUCCCCGCAGGCAGCCGAGAGCCCAGCCUGCCACCACCCUUCUGAGGGUGUGGACCCCACUCCGGAUCCCAAGUUCGCGGUCGUGUUCCCGAGGAUCCACAGGGCGGGGAGGGCAUCGAGCAGCCGGAGCUCAGAGGAAGCGUCCGCGGACGCUCCUGCCGGGGAGGGGCGCGUUUGGCCUUGCGCAGGGCCCUCAAGGGACAGUGAGGGGCCCACGGUGAGUGGAGAAAAAGUGGCCGGGCCCCGCCGCGGCUCUCUCCUCGGGGGAGUCCACGGGGGGCCUUCCCGUGACGAGCCCCCCCUGGAGGAGAGCAGCUGCAGCAGCGAAGCUGCUGCAGAGACCUUGGAAGCCGAGGCUCCCGUGCACUGGGCGCGGAGCUCCGACACCGGCGAGGACCCUGGGCUUGCCCCAGACGCGCUGCUGCCCCGACUCACGUUGGAGAGGAGCCCAGGUCCGUACCGGUCCCAGAGGGAGCGGUGGGAGCCGGAAGAUGAGGUCGAAGAGGCGCUGGAGAGGGAGUUGGAGCUGAGCCUUGGGUCAGGCCUGGAGCCGCCGUCCUUUCUGGGGGCCGAGGGCAGGAGCCCAGGCGCCGUCCUGGAAGACACGGAGGACCUGGCCUGGCUGCAGCCUCUGUGUGACAGCUCCGUUCUGCUGUGCCUCAAGAAGAGGUUUCGCCUGGGCCGCAUCUAUACCUUUGGGGGGCCCCUCCUGCUCGCUCUGAACCCCCGCUGGCCCCUGCCACUCUUCUCACCUGAGGUCGUGGCCAGCUACCACCCCAGCAAGGCCCCCAACACCGCCCCACACGUCUUUGCCGUCGCGGCCUCAGCCUACAGCCUGUCUCAGAGCACCGGGCAGAGCGUGUGCGUUCUCCUCGUCCUUCCCUCCUGCAGUGGGCGCAGCGGCUCAGGGAAGACAGAGGCUGCCAAACAGCUCAUGCGGUUCCUAAGCAGCCUGGAGCAGGAGCAGACGAGGGACAGAGGGUGGCAGCUGGACGAUGUGCUGCCCUUGCUAGGCAGCUUUGGCCACGCCAAGACAGUCCUCAAUGCCAAUGCCAGCCGCUUCGGCCAGGUCUUGCGCCUCUGCCUGCAGCACGGAGUCAUCGUGGGAGCUUCUGUGUCACAUUAUCUGCUUGAGACCUCGAGGGUGGUGUUUCAGGCCCAAGCCGAGCGGAGCUUCCACGUCUUUUACGAGCUGCUGGCGGGACUGGACCCCGCGGAGCGGGAGCAGCUGUCCCUGCAGGAGUCGGAGAGCUACUACUACCUCAACCAGGGCCGGGCCUGCAGGCUCCAGGGCAAGGAGGACGCCCAGGACUACUCAAGGCUGGCGAAGGCCCUGCAGACGCUGGGCUUGUGCCCCGAGGAGCUGACGGCGGUCUGGGCCGUGCUGGCCGCCAUCCUGCAUCUGGGCAACAUCUGCUUCUCCUCCUCGGAGAGGGAGUCCCAGGAGGUGGCUGCCGUGUCCAGCUGGGCCGAGAUCCACACGGCAGCCCGGCUGCUGCGGGUGCCGCCCGAGCGCCUGGAGGGGGCUGUCACCCGGAGGGUCAUGGAGACUCCCUAUGGCCCGGCCUCAAGAUCCCUGCCCCUGGAGAGCGCCAUCGAUGCCAGGGACGCGCUGGCCAAGGCCCUGUACUCCAGCCUCUUCUCCUGGCUUCUGGGGAGGACCAACGCGCAGCUGGCCCCGCCCGGCGAGGGAGGCGGCACGGACAACGUCACUGUCGUGGACGUCUACGGCUUUGAGGCUCUGCGGGUGAACGGCCUGGAGCAGCUGUGUAACAACCUCGCGAGCGAGCGCCUGCAGCUCUUCUGCAGCCAGACGCUGCUGACCCAGGAGGAGGAGGAGUGUCGGCGGGAGCUGCUGCCCUGGGUGCCCAUCCCCCAGUCUCCGAGGGAGUCCUGCCUGGACCUGCUGGCGGACCAGCCCCACAGCAUCCUGAGUAUCCUGGAUGCCCAGACACGGCUGUCCCAGGCCACAGACCACACCUUCCUCCAGAAGUGCCACUAUCACCAUGGCGACCACCCCUGCUACGCCAAGCCCCAGCUGCCCCUCCCUAUCUUCACCGUGCGACAUUACGCAGGCACCGUCACCUACCAGGUUCACAAAUUUUUAGACAGAAACCGGGAUCGCCUCGACCCUGCUGUGGUAGAGAUGCUCGACCAGAGCCAGCUCCAGCUGGUGAGCAGCCUGCUCCAGGAAGCAGAGGCCCAGCUCGGAGGAGGGCGAGGCACAGCCACACUGGCCUCUCAGUUCCAGCAGUCCCUGGGGGACCUCCUGGCCAGGCUGGGCAGGAGCCGUGUUUACUUCAUCCAGUGCCUCAGCCCCAACCCCGGAAAGCUUCCGGGCCUCUUCGACGUGGGACACGUCUCGGAGCAGCUGCACCAGGCAGGUGUGCUGGAGGCCACCUGCGCCCGCAGCGCUCACUUCCCCGUGCGCGUGCCCUUCCGCACCUUCCUGGCCAGGUUCCGGAUCCUGGGGACCCCGGGGCAGGGAGAGUCCUCUGACCGGGAGAGGUGUGGCGCCAUCCUGAGCCAGGUGCUGGGGGCUGAGUCGCCCCUCUGUCACCUUGGAGUCACCCAGGUCCUGCUGCGGGAGCCCGGCUGGCGGCAGCUGGAGCAGCACCGCGCCCAGCGGCGCUCCCAGGCGCUGCUCACCCUGCACAGCGGCCUCCGGGCCUACAUCUCCCGCCAGCGCCUCCGCCUCCUGCCACGGAUUCAGGCUCGCGUGCGGGGGCUCCAGGCCAGGAAGCGGUACCUCCGGCGGCGGGCGGCGCUGGGACAGCUGAACACCCUCCUGCUGGCAGCCCGGCCCCUGCUCUGGAGGCGGCGGCGCAGACUGCAGCUUGGGCUUUGGAGCGGCUGGCACGGCAGCGGGUCCUCCGAGAACGCGCCAAGCAUGGAGCUGGGGCGCCUGGAGAUCCCGGCCGAGCUGGCCGUCAUGCUGAGGACAGCGGAAGGCCGCCAGCACACUCUGGCCCAGAGCAUCACCGAGGCCAAGCCCCCGGAAGUUCCUGCUCGGCCCAGCCUGACCCUCCCGCCGGACAUCGACCAGUUCCCCUUCUCCAGCUUCAUCCCCACCGGCUUCCAGGAGCCGUCUCUGCCCACCCCUGGGCAGCUGCUGGCCAGGCCCCUGACGCGGCUGGUCGGCGAGACCCCUCAGCAUGCCCUGGAUAUCAACAAGGUGAUGCUGCGGCUCCUGGGGGAGGAGGCCCUGCUGCCCUGGCAGGAGCAGGUCAUGGGCACGUACCUGGUGAGGCAGGGGCAACGCCGGCCGCCCCUGCGGGACGAGCUCUUCAGCCAGCUGGUGGCCCAGCUCUGGCGCAACCCCAGCGAGCAGCAGAGCCAGCGCGGCUGGGCCCUCAUGGCCGUCCUGCUCGGCGCCUUCCCCCCUCUGCCCGCCCUGCAGAAGCCGCUGCUCAAGUUUGUGUCUGACCAGGCCCCCAGUGGCAUGGCAGCGCUGUGCCAGCACAAGCUGCUGGGGGCCCUCGAGCAGACGCAGCUGGCCCCUGAGACCACACGUGCCCACCCCCCGACCCAGCUCGAGUGGACGGCCGGACGGCGGCGGGGCCGCAUGGUGCUGGACGUCUUCACUUUCAACGAGGAGUGCUUCUCGGCGGAAGUGGAGUCCUGGACCACGGGGGAGCAGCUGGCCGGGUGGAUCCUGCAGAGAAGAGGCCUGGAGGGCAGCCCCCGUGGCUGGUCCGUGUCCCUGCAUUCCGGGGACUCCUGGCAGGACCUGGCUGGCUGUGACUUCGUGCUGGACCUGAUCGGCCAGACUGAGGACAUGGGGGACCCUGCGGGUCCUUGCGACUACCCCAUCACCCCCCAGAGCUUGAUUAAGGACAUCCCUCCCGCCCCUGGUGUCCAGGCCCCCUCUCUGUUCCCAGGUCCUCCUCUAGGUCCAGCCCCGACACUACCCAGCAGGGGCCACACAGGCGAGUCCCAGGCCGCAGGGAGCCUGGACAACUACCUGGACGACAUCUUCCAGCCCGUCCUCUCCCCGGGCCUCAGUGACCUGGAGCAGGGCAGGGCUCUGAGCAGCCGCAUGAAGGGCGGGGGCGCCAUGGGGCCCAUGCAUCAGGGAAGCUACCCUAUGGCAUACCCAGGGAUGAUGCAGAUGCCUGGGUACCAGCCAGCUAUGAUGCCGCCACCCAUGCCCAUGAUGCCAGCAAUGGGCGCAGUCCCUGCCAUGCCAGCCAUGGUGGUGCCGCCACAGCCACAGCCGCAGCCCCCACUUCCCAGCGUGGACGUAAGGCAGCUGGCGACGCAGCAGCAGAACUUCAUCAACCAGCAGGCGCUGAUCCUGGCCCAGCAGAUGACCGCCCAGGCCAUGAGCCUGUCCCUAGAGCAGCAGACACAGCAGCGCCAGCGCCAGGCCCGGGCAGCUCCGGCCGUUGCCCCCAAGCCCAAAAAGCCCCCAGCGCCCCAGAAGGAGCCGGAGUUGGAGCCGGAGCCGGAGCCGGAGCCGGAGCCAGAGCCGGUGGGUGCCUGCCUGCAGCACACCUCGGAGGAGGCCCCGCUGGGUAAACACAGGCCCAAGAGCUUCCAGCAGAAGCGGGACUAUUUCCAGAAGAUGGGGCAGCAGCCGCAGAGCAAGAUGAAGACGGUGAGGCCUCCACCCAAGGUGCAGAUCCCCCAAGGGGAGGAGCAGGAGGAGGAGGAGGAGGAGGAGGAGGAGCAGGAGGAGCCCCGUACAGGGCCAUCCCCUCCCGUGCCCCAGCCCCGGGUCAUGAAGAAGCCCCCACCGCCAGGCGGGGCCAAGGAGGCACUGAAGGCUGAGGCCGCGCCAGCCCGGGAGGCGGGGCCUGCACGCGGCCCCAGGCCCGCACCGGGCCGCCCACCCACGCCCAGCAGGGAGAUUGGGAACAUCAUCCGCAUGUUCCAGAGCCGCCCAGGCCCCGUGCCUGUGCCCGUGCAGCCAUCCAGGAAGCCUUCCCAAAUUUUCCAGAAGAAAAACACCCCCAAGGACGAGGCUCUGGCCAAGCUGGGGAUCGCUGGCGCCCACGCACCCUCCUCGGUGCCGACCCCCAGCCCAGAGAAGGGCCCCCCGCCGGCGGUGGCCCCUAAGCCCAAGACCCCCUCCAGGUUGCGGGCCUCCGACUCCAUCAAGAAGAAGCAGGGGCCACUGCAGGAGCUGUUUGGCCAGAACCCACCCAUCGCCCAGGCGCCCCCACCUCCACCAGUGCCCCCGCUGCCUCCGCCGGAGGACUUGGGAACCCCUGCGGCAGUGCCCCGCGGCCGGACGGAGCCCUGGGGGGACGAGGGCCCCCGCACCCAGCUGCUCUCGCCCUCCGGCAGCGUGUGCUUCUCCUACGCCAACGCGCCCUGGAGGCUGUUCCUGCGCAAGGAGGUGUUCUACCCCCGGGAGAGCUUCAGCCACCCCUACAGCCUCAGGCUCCUCUGUGAGCAGAUCCUCAGGGACACCUUUUCCGAGUCCUGCACCCGGAUCUCCCAGGAUGAGCGGAGCAAAAUGAAAGACCUGCUGGGAGACCUGGAGGUGGGCCUGGACUCACUCGUCGCCGCUGAGGACAAUGUCAAGAAGCGCAUUGUGGUGGCCGCGCGGGACAACUGGGCCAAUUACUUCUCCCGCAUUUUCCCCGUCUCGGGUGAGAGCGGCAGCAAUGUGCAGCUGCUGGGCGUGUCCCACCGGGGGCUGAGACUGCUCAAGGUGGCCCACGGCCCCGGCACCUGCUCCCAGCAGCUGAAGACUCUCCGGUCCUACAGCUUCGCCGAGGUGCUGGGCGUGGAGUGCCGCGACGGCGGCUGCGCCCUGGAGCUGACGCUGAAGAGCGAGCAGCUGGUGCUGCACACGGCCCGCGCAGGUGCCAUCAAGGCCAUGGUCGAGCUCUUCCUGCGGGAGCUCAGGAAGGACUCCGGCUACGUCAUUGCCCUGCGGAGCUACAUCACCGAUGACCGCAGCCUCCUGAGCUUCCACCGCGGGGACCUCAUCAAGCUGCUCCCGGUGGCCCAUGUGGAGCCGGGCUGGCAGUUCGGCUCCACCGGGGGCCGCUCGGGGCUCUUUCCCACUGACCUGGUGCAGCCGGCGCCCGCCCCGGUCCUCUCCUUGCUGGAGCAGAGGACUGACCGGCCCAAGAGUCAGCUGCGGAGCAGAGAGCCCAGUCUCCUGUGCUCCCAGGGCCCCGCUCGCCCCCGGAGCCGGGCACACAGCGAGAGCUCGGAGACCACCUCUGGCCCGUCCGCCUCACCGUCCACGGACCCCCACAAGUACAGCAUGCAGGAAUUUGCCCUGAAAUACUUCCGGAAGCCCCCGGCCUUGCCUGACCAGACUGGCAGGGGUGCUAAUGAGAGAACCGUGGCCAGCCUGGUGCAGUACACCAAGGACCCCAUCCAGGAAUCCCUCAUCAGCCUCAGUGACGAGGGCGUGAGCAGGCAGGCCGUGGAAAGCUUCCAGGCUCUGAUGCAGUUCAUGGGGGACCAGCCGAAGCCCCGGGGCAAGGACGAGGUGGAGCUCCUCUACCUGCUGCUGAAGCUGUGCCAGGAGAAGGAGAACCUCCGAGAUGAGAUCUACUGCCAGGUCAUCAAGCAGGUCACAGGACACCCCCAGCCGGACCCCUGUGCCCGAGGCUGGAGACUCCUCAGCCUCCUCACCGGCUUCUUCCCCCCAUCCCCCACGCUGCUGCCCUACGUGACCAAGUUUCUGCAGGACUUAGGCCCGAAUCAAGAGCUGGCCCGCAGCAGCCAGGAGCACCUGCAGUGCACGGUCAAAUACGGCGGGCGCCAGCAGCUGCCGUCCCCGGGCGAGAUGCAGGCUAUCCUGAAAGGGAAGGUGGACCGCCUGCUUCCCAUUCACCUGCCCGGAGGCCUGAGUUACAAGACCAACAUUUCAACAUUCACUGUGGCAGCAGAGGUGCUGGAGGAGAUGUGCGGGCAGAUGGGCAUCACGGACCCCAAGGAGGUGCAGGAAUUCGCCCUCUUCCUCAUCAAAGGGGAAGGCAAGCUGGUGCGGCCCCUGCGGCCUCACGAGUACCUCAACAACGUGGCGGGGGGCCCGGACGCCAGCCUGCACAGCCGGCGGCUCAGCUGGGAGACGCCCCUGCACUUCGAUAACCCGACCUACAUCGGCGCCCACUACAGCCAGGUGCAGCGGGACUACCUGCAGGGGAAGCUGCCGGUCGGCACCCAGGCCGACGCCCGUGUUGCCAGGCUGGCCGCCCUGCAGCACCUCAGCAGGGCCCAGGUGGCGCCCCCGUCAGAGCAAGACCUGUGGGCUUACUUGCCGAAGCCGCUGAGAGGUCAGGUGGGCGUGGCCACCGCAGGGAGCCUGAUGGCUCGGGAGCUGAGGCAGCUGCAGGGGUGCAGCCCCCACGAGGCACAGAUUGGCUUCAUCGAGGCCGUGAGCCAGCUGCCCCUCUUCGGCUGCACCGUCUACGUGGUGCUGCGCUCGAGCCAGCAGACCCUGCCUGGGCCCAGCCUCCUGGGGCUGAACCGCCAGAGCCUCAUCCUCAUGGACCCCAGCUCCCAGACAACGCACUGCUCCAUCGCCCUGAGGGACCUGCGCCAGCUCCACCUGCUGAGCCCCCUGGAUGAAGAGGGGCUCCCUGGCCUGGAACUCAACUACCGCUCCACCGACAGCCCCCAGACCAUCUGGUUUGAGCUGCCACAGGCCCAGGAGCUGAAGCACACCAUCGCCUACCUGCUGGACGGUGGCACCGAGUCCCCUUAGCGGCCGGCCUCAACCGAGAGGAGGGGCGCGGGGGUGGAGAGGAGGAAGGAGCCUCUCCCCGGACCAAAACCCAUCCGGACGGUCUCCCUCGAGCGCUGUCGGGUCACUCUAACCUAGACGUCCCAGCUCGGCUGUUCCGCACAGCACGGCCCAGCCGGCCCACACGGAGGCCCCAAGCGGGGGCUGCCACCGUGACCUCAGCUGGGAGAGAGCAGCGGCACGGAUCCUUCUUGGGGGCGCGUCGGAGGCUGUAGGAACUCGGCUCGGGCAGCUGGUGUCGCCCAGGCCGGGGGAGACGCCCACCGGGCCCCAGGUCUAAACGUCAGCACGAGCGCAGACCUGGGCGAAGCAGCUGCCGAGGAAAUAAAACUCCCGAGAGCAAA